AUGCCGUGGAAAAGUGGCAACUUCACAAUAUGGUCGCUCGUUUGGCUUUUGAUACUGCUGUUCCUUGGCUGGCCAAUCGCUUGUAUACUCGCCUGGCUCUACAUCUUGCUGAUGCCAUUUGCCGUCUGCAUAUCAGCUCUCAAAGAUAUUAUGGACUUUUUAGAAAAGUGCAUCAAAUUACCAAAAACCUGCGCCGAGGGAAUCAUGAAUGGAAAAUCCCCGUUUGAUUAG